AUGUCUCUAAACACCAUAGCAGCUGGAUUCUCAGAAGAACCUACGUGUCUCCAACUACAACCUAUAGUUAAUUCUCGAAUCACAGAGACCCUGCAGGCAUCGAAGCCAUGGAGAGAUAUUAAUAAAUUAAAAGAUAAUCAUGAUACUUAUACUGAGUCAUUUAUUGCCAAUUUAGAGAAUUUAGAACAAGCUGAAAAAUAUCAUGAAAAAUGUACGGAAUUGCGAAAAGGAAUCGAUUCCAUGAACGAAAAAAUCGAUAAACAUUUACAAAAUAUUACAGAAUCAAAAUCUAGUCAGCUGAAAUCUGCGAUAAAUAAUAAUAGUAACGGAGAUGUGCAAAAACUCGAUCAAUCAGUUGAAUAUUCGCAAAUUAUAAAUAAUGAUGGUAAAGAUGUGAUAGACAUUGCAUUAUCAAAUCUUAUCUCUGCUUUGAAUGAAGAUCAACUUCGUGUGUUUGAGAAAGUUAAACAUACUCUCCAAUCGAAAGAUUCUAUUCUACGUUUAUAUGUAAGUGGAGCUGGUGGAACUGGAAAGAGUUUCUUAAUUGAUGUUAUAAAACAUUGGAUUAAAAAUGAAAUGAAAAAGAAAGUACUAGUUACUGCACCAACCGGAAUUGCAGCGUUUAAUGUUAACGGUAUCAUGAUAUACAAAGCAUUUCAACUUCCAGUUGAACACGGUCACGCAUUUCAAUAUUAUCAGUUAUCUGAUAACGCAUUAAAAGUAUUACGUAUAGAAUUGACUGAUAUUGUAUUAGUUAUUAUCGAUGAAAUAUCAAUGGUAUCUAAUUUUGUUUUACUCUACAUUCAUCUGAGAUUGAUGGAAAUUUUUAAUACUAUAAAUGAAGCUGAUGGUUGGUUUGGAAAAAUACACAUUCUCGUAUUUGGUGAUUUACUUCAACUUCCACCUGUUAGAGAAGAUCCAGCCUUUAUAGAUUUAUCAUCUAAGAGUGUAGAAAAACUUUUAGGUUCACUUGGCAAUUAUAAUCUUUGGAAAAAUUUAUUUAGUUAUGAUAAAUUAAUUAUCAAUAUGAGACAAAAAACAGAUCUUGAACAUAGUGAUUUACUUGCUCGUUUGCGAGUUGCUGGUACAACUUCUGAUGAUAUUAAAGUAUUAGAACAACAAAAAACCGUCAUCCAUCAUUCGAAUUUAAAUUUCGAUGAUAGAAUAAAACAAUUGUCUAAUUAUAUUACUAACUUACCUGAUGAUACUGUCUGUUUGUUACCUACAUGCCGUCAAUGUGAUAUUCUUCAUUCCACUAUGUUGGAAAACAUCUUAACAAAAGAACUCAUACUGUUAGAAAAUGAUGAUACUCGAACCGCUGGACUUGCCAAAAUAAUAAGAGUUAAAAUAGGAGCGAAAAUCAUGAUACAGCGUAAUAUUGAUGUAAGUAUUGGUCUUGUAAACGGUACAAUUGGAACAAUUGAUUUAUACCUAAAACAGAAUUUUUAA